AUGUCGACGGCCCCGCGGCAAAGUCACUUUUUAAUCGCCCACAAAUUUGUGACAACGCGGUCUUUGUGGCGGAUACGAGGAACUUGGCUAUACGCAAAAUCAGCAAGGAUGGCGAAGGUAUUUUUUCUGUUUCCAACAGUGACCACCAUUGUCGGAGGUAGCUCUCGAAAGCCAGGCUUUGCCGAUGGCCCCGGAGACACAGCUCGUUUCUCAAGCGAGUCUAGCUUGGCGUGUUCUUGUGGCUCCUUACUCAUAGCCGAUCGCGGGAACCGGUUGAUUCGCGAGAUACAAAUCGAUGAUCCAAAGUCGUGUGAUUCAAGUGAUUCAGCCGUUUCCGGAUCACAAAAAUGGGCUUUAAUUCCCGUAGUGCUGCUUGGCGUCUGUCUGGGGAUGCCUCUGGGACCUUUUAUAAUUUGGAAGAUACUUGAUCAGCGAUGCCGGCAGGGAGGCGAUCAGCUGUGAAACACUGAAAGAUUGCUGGCGGACGUUCCGGAGGACGAUGAUCUGCAAGUUCGGCAGCAGAAGCGACGUUGCUAGCGCCGUCUUUAGUCUUUUCCUGCACAGCGAUGUCAUCAGGCACAGCUCCUCGCGUCUGUCUUCUUUGGUGUUGCACACGAAGUAAAAACGAAGCCAACUGCGCCUGUCACACAAGAUCAAGACCUCCACUCUCUCCUUGGAAACACGAAAGAUGAGCUUCCAGACCUCAUUGAUUUCAUGGAAGGCUCUCCCAACUUGGACGCUUCUGUUGCUCCUUCUCGCCCUCUUCCCUUUCCGGAUUUGAGGAAUUUGACUAUGGAGCUUGAGUGUUUGGAGAAGUUCCAGCAGGAAUUCAAGGACAAGCUCAAGCACAGCUAAGAAUGUGCUCACACAAACUUUGUUUUUCCACUCUUCUU